AAUAUCGUUCGUUUUCAAGCUGUCUCCAGUCUGCCUUCCUAAGUGGUCACAUCAGGCGUUCCAGCUGGGUGAAAGGAGGACGGGAAGAGAGAGACAUAACAGUGGGGCUAUAAGGAUCGACCCUUCACACCGAAGUAUUCAUGUCUUGCACUUACCUUAUCUUCCCUAAUCGUCGUGGUCCCCGCCAUGGCCCCGAAUGCGCCACGAACCCACUCGACUACGUACACGGAUGUCUUCGAUUUGGCAGUCGCUACCAAGUGUUUUGUUGACAAUUGGGGGAUCCUUACAGGGAUGAAUCAAGCUUGGAUACUGGCUCAUGACGAGUCUCGAAACGGAUCAGCAGGUGACGAUGAUGAAGAUCCGAGACAGUCCAAGUCGGUAGGCGAGAUCACGGACACUCUGCUAUCCAUCCCGGAAGAAUCAAAGAAAGAGCUCUCACCAAUCCUGAGGGACAGCGCUGCCAGAUUCGCGUACAGUGGUGCUCCUACGGCUGACCAAUUGAAUCUGCUACUCUGUUCAUUCAAUGACUUCCAAGAUGGACCGACGAAUAGUCGGGAGCUUACGGGGCAAGAGAGGACACUGUUCACAAAGAUGAGAGCGUGUCUAUCCGUACAUGCAAAGCUCUUGGAAGGGAAGCCAAAGCUGCCUUCAUUCCUUCAGACUUACAAUAAGUCGAUAACGAAUGAGAGUGAACACUUCAAGUGUCGUUGUUCUGCCUUCUCCGACUCAACAAACGCCACACUCGAGACCAUGAGAAUGGCUGACGGUAACCUUGAUGAGGUAUCUUCCACCGGAGAUUUGGCUGCAAGCGGAAACGUUUAGACAUCUUAUACACUGAUUCGGGCAGAAUGCUCGGCGAGAUGGCUCCAAAUGUGGAG